AUGAAAUCAUUAUCUGUUCCUAAGCACACUAAUUACAAACCUUUAAAUAAUAGCUUUAGUACUCCUGAUAAGAAACCUAAUAAAAGUAGAUUAAAUACUUAAUCAACUUUGAAGCUUAGCGGAGAAAUGAUGUCCGUUUAAAGUUAUUUAUAUGAACAAGCUCAUUUAAAGGAGGAGGCUUCAAAAAAAGAGUUUAUAAGAUAAAUCAAGAGUGUAAUCGACAAUCUUGAAAAGAGUAAGAGCUUUAAGUAGUUAAACUAAUAACUCUCAAAUUUGAUAGUCGGAUUAAGGACAUGCAUAAAUUAAUAGGAAGUAUCGAAUUAGCUAAUCUAAUUAAUCCAAAUGAUCAGAGACGUUGUCAAUAAUCAUUAAAACAACAAGCUGAUUCAUCAUAAUAAAGAUAAGGCAAUAUUGCUCUAAAAAAUUCAUGAAUUAGAAUUAUAAGCAAAAGAAAAUUAAUUUUAAUAAGAAUUAUAAAUGUAAAAUAUGAAAGCAUAAGAGAGAAUAAGAAAUUAUGAAAUUCGACUAGAAUAAAUUAAAUAAGUGAAAGAAUAACAUCACCAAAUUUAACCAUAGAAGUAAUAAGUGAAUAGUCAUGAAAAAAUGCAAUUGAAAAACCAGAUUAAAUUGAUGCAAUAGAAAAUUGAGACACUAUCAGACAAAGAGAAGAAAUUAAUUUAACUAGUAAAAGCUGUAAAAUAGAGAGGAAUUGAUAUUGAGCAUAUAUACAGAAAUGUUAAUUAGGUUUCGAGUAGAAAUAGUCUAAUUUUAAAUCAAGAGAAUGAAGAACAGUUUGAAGAUAGUUCAUAUUCUGAUUUUGCAGACAUCUCUCAAUUUGAUAUUGGUUAGAGUAGUAUUAAAAGACACCAAAUUUUUUUAUUAGAUUGA